UUUCUCCUCCUCAUUCCUUAAUCUUCCCUUGCCAAUUUGCGCCCUUUCCACUCCACCGUUCCCCACACGGUCUCAUUCUCUCUCCUCCCUUUUUUUCUGCUUCUUCCAAAUUUUGAUCGAAAACCCCAUCUAGCGCUAACUCCAUCUCCAAAUUCAGGUGUUGGGUUGCCAUUUUAUUUUGAAGUCAGUUUUGAUUAUUUUCAGACGAAAUGACAUCUCCUUCUGAGUCAUGGAUGCGGGAGUAUAAUGAAGCAUCAAAGCUUGCUGAUGAUAUAAAUAGUAUGGUAUCAGAAGCUAGUGCUUUACCAGCAACUGGAACACAGACACAGCGUCAUUUUUCUGCUACCCGAAGAAAGAUCACCAUAUUAAAUAACAAACUCGAGAAUUUGGAGUCAGUUUUAGCGAAGCUUCCAAGCUUGCGAGCUAUAACAGGGAAAGAGAUAAACAGACGAAAUGACUUGCUGACAAAUUUGAAAUCCAAGGUUAAUCAUAUGGCAAACACUCUCAAUUCGCACAGUGCUGCUUACAGGGAUCGGUUGUUAGGUCCAGAUUUGAAGUCAGACGAUGUAAUGAAGAGAGCAUCUAACAUGGACAACCAAGGGAUUGUAGGCUUUCAACGUCAGAUUAUGAGAGAACAAGACGAGGGCCUUGAGCAAUUAGAGGAGACAGUAAUAAGUACAAAACACAUAGCAUUAGCAGUCAAUGAAGAGCUCAACCUCCACACAAGGCUCCUGGAUACCUUGGAUGAUCACGUGGAGUCUACAAAUUCUCGCUUGCAGCGUAUUCAAAAGAAAUUGGCGAUUUUCAAUAAACGCACCAAGGGAGGUUGUACGUGCUUGUUACUACUGGUUGUCUUGAUUGUGUUUCUCAUCCUUGUCGUACUGGCACUGAUCAAAUAUGUGUAGACCUUUGUUUGGUAUUUGCUACUACCAUAGAAUGUUUCUUCACAGUACUUAAACUGUUGAACACUUUAAUAGAAGUGUAUAUAUUGGGAUCUGCUUAUGUUUCAUUGCUGGAACUACCUAUUUAGCCUAUCUAUGGUGAUUAUGGAUAUCCUUCUUGAAAUAUGAAGUGUGUAAAUUCAUUCGCCUUUUGUUGUCAACAAAUUUCGCUAUCGUGUUAGCAGCGAUUUCCCAUGCUUAUUUGUUUUGGUUUAUAUUAUCUACCCAUAUUAUCGGGAUCAAGGCUUAUCGUAAUUGAUUUAAUUAAAAUUAAUAUCAUUAUUAUUGUUAUUGCUACAAA